AUGGCCUCUUCCGAGAUUCCAGGCUUCACUCUUCAGAGGCGUGCAUAUGCAUUUGGGGAGGCCCAGAUGGCGGACCCCCCUAACGACGACCUUGGCAACCCAGCACAAAACUUGGACUCCACAGAUGAGCUCCUGGCCUUGCUGACCAGCCUGGGCCAUCUGCUGUUUUUGCCGACCAUGCAGACGAACCUGUGCAUGAUGAGGCUGCUGGGGACCUCGGUGACAAAAACCUACCAUGAUUGCAACUGGGAUGUCCAGGGCAGCCAGUCCACGGCAGUUGUAGCAGCUGGAGAGGAUGGCAGUGGUUUUAGGAGACCAGAUGAUGAGGACAGCCCGGUGGACAUUGUGCACUUCACGGCCCAAUAUGCUGCCUGGGAGGCGGAGCAGGACCUGCUCAAAAUGGCCCUAUGGAAGGAACUGCUCCUGGCUAACCUGGCAGUGAUGAGGAUGAUGAAGUCCAGAUCCAAACCUGUGUAUCAGGCUCCUCACGUCGGAGCUGCAGCUGAGCUGGGCAGCACGGUGGAUGGCGGCGUGGUGAGCGGCCCAGGCUUGGCGGGCGGCCAGGCACUUGCACAGGUCGUCAAGUCAGCGUUCUUACCGGAAAGGUCUGACCCUCCCUGGGGUAUCCUUAAGUACUCAUUCUUUAUGCCGGGCACAUAUCCGUAA